CCUCCAUUAUUCCUCCCUUCCUUCAGAGAAGAUGAUCGAAGAAGAGAUGUUGCUCCUCUGAGAUCAUCCUGAAAAGGGCAGUCAAAAAAGGAAAUUUUUUUUUUAAUUAUCUUCAGCUGCCUUUGACAUCCUCCUGAAUUAGCUUUGUAAUUCCAAUCAUCAUUCAUCAUUCAUCGAAUUGUCACAAACCCUUUUGAAUUCACAACAUUUUCCAGCAAAGAAAAAAUUUGGUGGGACGAUCAAAGAAAUUCUCAGACAUUUUUUGCAUUUGUUCAUUGAAGGGAGCCAAGAGAUAUUUGUUUUGUUAUCUUUUCAUAAUUGACUGCCCUUUUUUGUCCUCCUCCUUUUUGAGAAAUUUCAUUGAGGGUUUCAAGCAUUUGCAGGCGAAAACGGAGGUGUCAUAGUCUAAACUUUAAGGAAAAAAUCAAAAUGAGAGACCGUGAUUUGGCCAGUAGGUUCAAGAGGGAUAGUGUAUUCUGUUUUCAUUGUAAUAUAGUUUGUCUAGGAUUCAACUUAUUGCGAGUUCGUCUCUUGUUUUAGUUUGCCUAUUUUGUGUUUGUGUUUUUGUGUGUGAGAGUGUGAUAGUUCAGUGUCCGAGUAAUUCAUAUUGCUCGGGGGAGCCAUUUCGUUAAAAAAAGCUGGCGAUUUCCUCUUCUUUCCUGUAUAUCUGGCUGUUGGCAGAAACCAUUACUGCCUCCACCACUCUGCAUGGUUCGAGGCGACAUGGGGGGUAGAUGGGCUACCUACAAUAUCAAGUUAUCUUGCUUCAUGUUUUUCAUCCUUGUUCCUGAAUUUCAAGGAUGUUUCUCACUUAAUUCUGAAGGACUAGCAUUGUUGGAAUUUCGAUCAAGAGUAACUUCUGAUCCACUUGGGGCUCUUCUAAACUGGGACGCUCGUGACAAAGAUCCAUGCUUGUGGUCCGGUGUUCAUUGUGUUGACGGUGAAGUGCAGACCCUGGAUCUGAAUGGACUUCACUUGGGAGGAGUUCUGGCACCAGAACUCGGGAAUCUCAGUCACUUGAAAUCUCUUGUACUGUCGAAGAACCAAUUUUGUGGAGUUAUCCCCGAGCAGUUUGGACAGCUUGCUUCCUUAGAAGUUCUGGAUUUGAGGAACAACAAUUUGAGUGGGACCAUUCCAUCAGAAAUUGCACGCAUUCGUUCCCUGAAGCGCUUGUUGCUAAGCAGUAAUAAAUUUAAAGGAAGUAUCCCCUUGGAGAUUGUAAAGCUUGAUGGAAUCACAGAGAUGCAGUUUGAUAUGAACCUUACCCUUGCAACUGCAGCAGAAGUUGGUUGCGUGAAUAGGAAAGUUGGGCACUGUGAGUGGUCGAGCAAUUUGAAAUCCCUGAGGAAAGCUGAUUCCAUUUUGACACCUUUAAAGGAAACAAUUAAUCACUACUUUGAUCUAUUCUCCAUUUACAGAUUUGGAAAGGGCUCAUUGAGGGAUGGAGCUGAUCAGCCUGGUCCAUCAGAGCAACAUUCCACAAAGCAUGAACAUCAUGUAGCAGAUCAUACACGCCGUAUACUGGUCGAGCAAUCAAGCAAUAUUGCCGCUUAUCCUUACAAUGAGGGGAUAUCAUUGGGUGAUUUCUUCUCUGCUCCGAGCAGCAUGGGGAGUGGGUCGUUCCCUGCUGUGCCAAAGCAGAAGAACAUUUCUGCCCCUUUGUCUGGAGUACCAACUUCUGGCCCUUUGCACCCUCCAUCCAACACCAUGUCCAGUUCUGGAGCAUCUUUCGGCAACCAACCGAUGGAUAAACCGAAUCCUGCUUCUGGUAGCUCUGAACAUACGUGGAAGUAUGUUGUUGGCUUUUCAGGUGGAGGUAUAUUGUUGUUUGCUGCAGCAGCCAUGCUAGUUGUUGUGUACGGCAGAGCUGCAAGGGAUAUACGCCCUUGGAAGAGUGGAUUGAGUGGACAGCUGCAGAAAGCAUUUGUUACAGGGGUCCCGAAGUUGAAUAGCGCAGAAUUGGAAACCGCAUGUGAAGACUUUAGCAAUAUCAUUAAUGUGCAAGAUGUGGUCACAGUGUACAAAGGAACUCUAUCAAGUGGCGUGGAGAUUGCUGUUGCCUCCACAGCCGUUUCUUCAAUAAAAGACUGGACAAAGUAUGCAGAAGUUGCUUUUAGGAAGAAGAUUGCUGCAUUAUCAAGAGUGAAUCACAAGAAUUUCGUAAAUCUUAUUGGGUACUGUGAGGAGGAUGAACCUUUUGUUAGGAUGAUGGUGUUCGAGUACGCCCCAAAUGGAUCUCUUUUUGAGCAUCUUCAUGUGAAAGAACUUGAACAUCUGGACUGGAGUACCAGGAUGAGGAUCAUAAUGGGCAUAGGUUACUGUCUACAGCACUUGCAUUCGUUAAACCCUCCACUGGUCCAUUCGUGUUUGAGUACAAAAAAUAUAUAUAUGACAGAUGAUUAUGCUGCUAAGAUUGCAGAUGUUGCCUUCUGGGCAAAUCUUGUGAGAACAUCAAAAAACUCGGGGGAUAUUGAUGGGGAGCAAAAUGAAUUGCCACCGCUUGAUGAUGUUGACAAUGAUGUAUACUCUUUUGGAGUUUUAUUGCUUGAAACAGUCACAGGGAAGCUUCCUCAUUCAGAUGAAUAUGGAUCUCUGCUACAAUGGGCUCAGGAAUACCUGAAUGAUAAUAGUCGCAUUGGAUCCCUUAUAGAUCCAUCACUCAAAUCCUUCAAACAUGGAGAGCUUGAGAUCAUAGGGGAAGCUAUUCAAGAAUGCACUCAAAAGGAUCCAAGGAAAAGACCUACCAUGAAGGAAGUAGUGUCAAAACUGAGAGAAGUCCUUGAUAUAUCACCGGAGUCUGCAACCCCACGACUAUCUCCACUCUGGUGGGCUGAACUUGAGAUUUUAUCUUCCGAGGCAGCUUAAUGAUAAUAAUACAACUAUUGACAAAAAAAAUUAUAUGGUAUGUGUUACAUGUUACCUUGUGCUAACACAGAUCGAAAUAUCUCUCACAUUUGCUCCAACAAAAUCCUGAACUGACCAUAUACUUUUCUCCUGAUCUGUUGUGUCAUUCUUUGAAUCUUAUUGCCCAAUUAUUCGACGAAAUUGUGUAUAGAGGUAUGAAAUGUGUGUAACAGAUGUUGAACCCCAAGGGGGCAGUCAGCAAAGGUUCUAUGUUGUUCUUCUAUGUACUUUGGCUUUGGUUAAUUGAUAUAGGUAGUUUUAUGUAUGUAUAUUUACUUUACUUGUUGGUUUUGAGACGACCAAAAAUUUUGAGAGGUUCAUGGAACGAUUGAAUCAAAAACUUCUUUUCGC